CAGCCCCAGAACAUAGCGGACCGCGGCUCGCUGGCCACACUCGUGCAGAAAUUGCCGGCUCCCGCUCUCGUGCUGUUUCCAAACACUUCCCGGCUCCGAGACAGAGGCAUCUGGGGCAACAGCAGCGGCAACACAGGAGACAGACAGAGAGAGCGGCUGGACAGACAGAGCGGUCAUCACCACACUCUUUUGAACAAGACGUGCAGCAACAUGGAGUGUGUACAAGUAGGUAAAGAGGCAGAGAUGGUGGAGAUUAUUCCAAAUGGCAAUCAUGUAGAAGAUCUGAUGGUGCCGAUCAAAACGUCCACAGAAGAGGAAAGGUAUGAAGAAAAUGAAGGAAACUCAGCCGAGUGUGAUGAGUUCCUGCCUCACUCAGACACAGAGAAGAAGCCAACUCGAUUUACAGAUUUUGAAGGGAAAACCUCCUUUGGGAUGUCUGUGUUCAACUUGAGCAAUGCUAUCAUGGGCAGUGGAAUCCUGGGACUGGCGUAUGCGAUGGCCAACACAGGUAUUGUCCUGUUCCUCUUUCUUUUGUCUGCUGUAGCCCUGCUCUCGGCCUAUUCCAUUCACCUGCUUCUAAAGGCUUCUGGAGUGGUUGGAAUCCGUGCUUACGAGCAGCUUGGUCUUAGGGCAUUUGGAACCACAGGAAAAUUAGCUGCUGCUAUUGCGAUCACCUUGCAGAAUAUCGGAGCCAUGUCCAGUUACCUUUACAUCGUGAAGUAUGAACUCCCACUGGUGAUACAAGCUUUUCUCAACAUCGAGGAAAAAACGGGUGAAUGGUAUCUGAAUGGAAACUACCUGGUGAUCAUAGCAUCAGCAACAGUGGUGUUGCCCCUGGCCUUAAUGAAACAACUCGGUUAUCUGGGCUACACCAGUGGUUUCUCCCUUGGCUGCAUGGUUUUCUUUUUAAUUGCGGUGAUCUACAAGAAGUUUCUGAUACCAUGUCCUUUUACCAACAUCCAUGCAAACAGCUCCCUUGUGGCCAGCAAUUACUAUGAGAAUAAAACCUACAAUAACAGUGGCGAUGUUUACAAGGAUACUGAGGAAGAAUGCACCCCACGGUUAUUUACUUUGAACUCACAGACUGCAUACACCAUCCCCAUCUUGGCUUUUGCCUUUGUUUGUCAUCCAGAAGUUCUUCCCAUCUACACAGAGCUGAAAAACCCGUCCAAGAAGAGAAUGCAGCAGGUGGCGAACCUCUCAGUCCUGGUGAUGUACCUCAUGUAUUUCCUCGCAGCCUUAUUCGGAUACCUGACAUUUUAUGGAAGAGUUGAACCGGAGAUGUUACACACAUACAGUAAAAUUGACCCUUUUGAUACUUUGAUUCUGUGUGUCCGUGUUGCUGUGCUGAUUGCUGUAACGCUGACUGUACCCAUUGUACUUUUCCCGGUGCGCCGUGCUAUCCAGCAGAUGCUGUUCCAGAACAAACCCUUCAGUUGGCUCAGACACAUCAGCAUAGCCAUCAUUCUUCUGAGUGGCAUCAACUUGCUGGUCAUCUUUGCACCCAACAUUCUUGAUAUCUUUGGAAUUAUCGGUGCUACGUCUGCCCCGUGCUUAAUUUUCAUCUUCCCAGCUGUGUUCUACAUACGGAUAAUGCCAAAGGAAGAGGAGCCCAUGCUGACACUUCCAAAAAUCCUGGCUGCUUGUUUCGCAGGCCUGGGCUUCCUCUUCAUGACCAUGAGUCUGAGCUUCAUUAUCAUCAACUGGUCUACAGGCACUGAGAACAUAAAUGGACACCACUAGAUGAUGGAGUGUGCCUCACCCACUGAGAGUCAAGUGCCCCCCUCACCCUCAAUGAGCAAGACCAUUGCUAUAGAAUAUGGCUGAGCAACCCAGUGCACAUACUGAACCCAUCAUAGUGAGACAUGUACAAACACUGUGAGUGUGUGUGUGUCUGUGUGCACGCACACACACACACACACACAUAAAAAUACACACUAGCAAAUCUUUACACCGUAUUAUGGUAUAGAAAGUAGUUGAAAUGUUAUAAAACCACACUGCUACACUGCUUCUAAGUUAUUUUGUACAGAGCCAGGACAGGUGGCACUCGCAGUUUUAAAGCUUGAGUAUUGUACAGGGGCACAGUAUUGCUCAUCUGGGUUUCAAACUGAGGAUCUUAGGGUUAUUAGCUUGGGUGGGGAGGGUUCUUGUAUUUUAUAUUGUGCUCCUUUGACACAGUUGAUCACUAUAUAGCUGUAUUCUUAAAGGUGGUUUAGAAGAUUACAGACAAAAGAAAAUCAAACUGCCAUACCCUGUAACUACCUUCAUGCUCCUAAGUGUUGUGUGCACUUUUCAUAGUUCUGUUGUAGAUAGCAGUUGUUAUGCUGCAUUAUGUUGCCUGAACAAUUAAUAUUUCUUAGAUUUUUAAAAAUAUCCUCAGUUGUUUCAGAAGGCCUAAUGCAUGACAUGGUAUUGUAUAGAGCCAAUCAUGCUGCAGGCAGUUCCCCAAUCUUGAGCUCGGGAACUGCUCUCAACCAGGGAGGGAGUCAGAUGUGUAAGGUAGGAAGGAGCAUAAAGUCAACCGGGAUUCCACUGUCCAGAGAUCUCCUGCUUGGAGAAUUAGUGUUGUAACAGUAACCACAAGUGCUACUGUUUAGCCUUCCUGUCUCUGAUUCAUUUAUACUCCUGCAUAAAGAACAGUUCUAUAGUUGGAGGUCCUCUGCUGAUCUAACCUGAUAUAUCACAAGUGUAAAUAUUUUUCAGUCAAUUUCUAGACCAGCAGAACACUUUUGAUUAAUGUACGGUUUUGUACUGACUCUGAUUGGAAAAAAUGCUCUGUUUUAAAUCCCAGAGCCACCACUAAGCCUUCAGCACACAGAUAUUCUGAGCUGAGCAGCGUUUUCACAAAGCACUAGUUCAGUGGUAAAGUUUGUGAAACAAGUGAUUAUUUUCUGCUUGCCAUUUUAAUGGCAAAGGUGAGUUGCUUAUCAUCAGAGACAUGACUUAGAGUUGUUGCUUUUGCCUAAUUUGUAAAAUCUUCAAAUGAUUUGUCCGUGAAGGUUACUAUGCUGUGCUCUUGUGUGAGAGAUGAGGGUUGGAAUCCUAGAUGACUGCUACUAUCAUGUGAGUCAUUUGAACAAUGUAAGCUGGGUUGUUUGCAUCAUGCCCCAGACUGAGAAUGCAAGUCUUUUGAUCCCGCCACCAACCUUACUUCAGCAUCGAUCCUGAGAGUGAUAUCCCUUGCCCAGAACGCAACACAGAACAGAUGCUAGCAUGAGGAAAAACAGAUAAAUAAAGGCUAUACCUAAUUGUGUGAUGUUACACAAGGAGGAGGAAGCACCUGUGUGAUUUUCCUGUUGUCGUUGUGAAGGCAAUGGGCUACUGGAAACUGCAGCCAUGUUCCUUUAUUUGUGUGGGGCUGAGCACUGUGGUCAGCCAAACAUUGGGAAGACACACCAAGCCUCUGGGAAGGAUUGUGAAGGGAACAUACUGCUGGAAACUGCAACUGUCUUCCUUCUCCUGUGUGGGUCAACUCAUCAGGAAAGCAGCCAGGCCAGUGGGAAGAUGGCCAAACCAUUAAGUCCAUCAGACAGGCCACCCACUUCAUCAAGAAUGGCCAGACCAUCAGACAGGCCACCCACUUCAUCAAGAAUAGCCAGACCAUCAGACAGGCCACCCACUUCAUCAAAAAUGACCAGACCAUCAGACAGGCCACCCACUUCAUCAAGAAUGGCCAGACCAUCAGACAGGCCACCCACCUCAUCAAGAAUGGCCAGACCAUCAGCAGCACAUAGUAUCUCAGACAGGCCUCCCAGAGAUGGGAUAACAUCUGUUUGCUGGAUGUUCUCAACAAAGGAAAAAAUUAUGUGAAUAACAAUGUUUUUUAUUAAACUCCAAGCAUUUCAAAUGAAAGGAGUGGGAAGAAGUCAUCUACUAAUGACUUUAAUGAUUUAAUUCAAUGUUUUUUAAAUUAAUUAAAUAUAAUGUCCUUUCUCCUGCACUUAACCAUGACCUAUAAUACUGCAAAUUUGCUUCAUGGACCCUGCCAACCUUGUAUGUUGGUUUAUUAACAUCUCAGAGUAAAAGUAAUAAUUUUGGGGACAAUGGUUUAUUUGGUGAAAACAAUAUUUACAACUUUUUUGAAAUAAAAUUUGCAUUUUAUUUUUGGGUUUGCUAUAAAUUACAACUGAUUUAUUAGAUUGCGCUAUCAUGUUUAGAAAUGAAGCUGCUCAGAUUCCCUCAGACAGUAUUUAUAUUUUAAUAAAUGUAUAAUUAAAUUUUAGUUUAAUAGGAAAUAAAAGGAAUUAAAUAUU